AUGGACCGCAACAGCGGCAGAAUUUUUCUUGAUUAUCGUGCGUCCGAGCCCGUACUGGCUGAAAGUGAGCACUCAAGUCUAUGCGAUGGACCGCUUUCUCGGUCGCAGAUUCAGCGAUCAUCCAAGUCUACAGCAUCUCCGUGGAACCCCAGCGACAUAUCGCCACGACCACAGACAGCAUUGCGAAGAAAACUUAAACUUCCUGGUCGCUCCAAGAGCAAACAGAUUACCAAACUUCCACGUAUGGACGAAGUACUUCCACGCGUGGAAAUUACGGAUGAACAACAAGCAGAAAUGCGUGAACAGGCGGAAAACCUUAUUGCGAGCUGUUUGCUCAAAUCCAAGGCGGCGUGGGACGGCACUAAGCAGAUAUUUGAUGAUCCAAAGCAGUGGAAACUCCACAGUGCUAAACCACAUUUGGCUGUCUACAAACGCAAAGAUCCGGAGUGCAAAAGCGCGACAGAACAUCAGUUUGUAGCGUCAGGACGCAUACCAGGACUCACAUUACAGGACGUUGAGUAUGGCAAGUAUUGCGAUACGACGCUUGAUGAACGUUCCAUCUGCGCUUAUCUGUUUCGUGAUUACUUUUUGGAUGCUGCGGUGCUGCAAGUGUUGGAAACACAGACGGAGGAUGAUCCGUUUCGUUUCUUUGGCAUUAAGUGGAUGGCGUUUGCGUCUCCCAGUGGACCAGCUAAGUUCUUCUCACCAAGAGACCACGCGUUUUACGAAUAUGCCAAGACUGUGACUACUGAUGAGGGUCAUAAGGUACUGGUCAAGGUUCUACAUCCCGUGAGAGACGACAUACUGCCUCCACUUACUCAGAUUGUAGGUCAUGAAAACCCGAGUGACUCGGUGGACCCGUCGAAGCUGCGGUUUGUUCGCGGCCGCAUUUCCAUGAUCUCCAUGUACAGAUUUGAUGAGGCGACCAAUGCUGUCAAAGUAUUCAGCGAAGGAUCAUUGGACCCAGGUGGUCGAGCCGGAACGUGGCUCGGAAGCGCGUUUUUGUCUCAAUUUGCACCCACAGUCGUGCGGAUUGAUUAUUGCGCUGACAUCAAGUAUAUCAUGAAACAUGGUAUGAUCUUCCCUCAUCCACCAGCAGCGCUAAGCUGUUCACAUUCAAACCAAAGUUAUGAGAAGAGUCAGAAUACAAGGAGCGACUCUGAGGUCACAGCGCUUGGACCAUCUGCUGGCAUGCCCUUCUCGACCUCAUUUGUCUUGACUCAGAGUCCUGAACUGAAUCGAAUGGCAGUCAAUCCUCAGCCAAGUUGGGUACCAGACCACCAGCGCAAAGUAUGUUUUGUGUGUUUCAAAAGUUUUGGAAUUGUUCGACGUCACCGCCAUCAUUGUCGCAUGUGUGGUGAAGUUAUGUGCUCCCGCUGUAUGAUCACAUUGCCUCUUGUUGCUCCACCUUCUUCUGCACCAUGUCUUGAAGGGAAAGGUAAUGAAGCCUGUCAGCAUGGCAUUCAUACUGAUAAUCAGCCCUUGAGCAUUUUACUUCGCCAACCAGCCAAGAAGAGCCUGGAGGAGACACGCUCAAAUGGAUACCCAGCCGUAAAUAAUGUGAAACUGUGCAAAAAAUGCAUGUUUAGCAUCCGUCAGGAACGCAAAGGGACCAUGAGAGGAGCGUCUAACUUUUACGCUGCUCCGACAAUGAUCAAACAAUUCCCUCUGGUCUUGCAAGGCUCUUUAGCGGACAACAUUGGAUUACAACCUGGACCAAUGCGUGGAUUCUUUCCUAAUGGUCGAUAUGCGGCUGAUGAUGAGUUGAUUCACAACGCAGAAAAAGGAGCAGACGAAGAAGACGAACUCGAAGAGACAGAUGAAGAAUAUUCUGCUCGUGUUGAGCGUAUGCGGCAGAUUCACAUGGCGCGUGAAAAGAAGAAAAACUUACGACGCAGUAUUCUUCUCUAUGACGAAGACAGUCUAAACAAUGGUGAGGAAUCACCUCCUGCUCGACCAAGUCAUCUUUUCGAUGGAGGUGACAGUGCUUUCAACUUUGAUGACUUUUUACUACCAACACCGAAACGUGGCGAAGGUGAAAAUGACAAUUACUCCAUUCAUCGUGUACGAGGCGUGAGCAAUCAGAGCGAAACUAUUCCACCUUCAACUUCUCGCCGACCAUCUACUGCUGCUGCGUGUACCGAAAGUAGUUUAAAACUUCGGUCGUUGUCUAUUCCAGACCAAUUGGAGAAAGUAGAGCGAUCAAUCGCUCACCAAGCGGCUUUAAUCCGAUCCAUCACAGAACAACGCGAUAAAAUUGCUCGAUUUCCAGAAGAUGACACGGCAGUUAAGACAGUUGCUGCUACUACUGCCGGUGAAAUUAUAUCUGAUGCACGCUCGUCUUUGCUUUAUCCGAAUCAAACCCAAACUGCGUCGACACCUCAAAAUGACGCUCUGUAUACACCACUCUCCCUGCUUUCUUCUUAA